AUGUCUGGAGACAUGGCCACAGAUCAGGUGAAUGGGAACGGAAACGUUUCUGAGGAGCCGAUGGACACCACCGAGGUGACCCGCUCCGAACACUUCCCAGCUCUUCUGGAGGCUGGUUUACCUCAAAAUGUUGCUGAGAAGCUGGAUGAACUUUAUGUAGCAGGCCUGGUAGCCCACAGUGAUCUGGACGAACGGGCGAUCGAAGCUUUGAAAGAGUUCAACGAGGACGGAGCCCUGCAGGUGCUCGCACAGUUCAAAGAGAGCGACCUGUCACACGUGCAAAACAAAAGUGCCUUCCUGUGCGGCGUGAUGAAGACGUACCGGCAGCGGGAGAAACAAGGCACUAAAGUUACAGAUUCCACUAAAGGACCCGACGAGGCCAAAAUCAAGGAGCUGCUGGACCGUACCAACUACACACUGGACGUCACAACGGGGCAGCGCAAGUACGGAGGACCCCCGCCGGAGUCCGUGUAUUCAGGAGCCCAACCCAACGCGGGAACAGAGAUAUUUGUUGGGAAGAUUCCCCGGGACUUGUUUGAAGACGAGCUGGUUCCUCUCUUUGAGAAGGCGGGGCCUAUCUGGGACCUGCGGCUGAUGAUGGAUCCUCUGAGCGGCCUGAACCGCGGCUACGCCUUCGUCACGUUCUGCACUAAAGAGGCGGCGCAGGAGGCCGUCAAGCUGUGCAAUAACCACGAGAUUCGCCCUGGUAAACACAUCGGUGUGUGUAUAUCUGUCGCCAACAACCGGCUAUUCGUUGGCUCCAUUCCCAAGAGUAAAACGAAGGAGCAGAUCGUGGAGGAGUUCUCUAAAGUCACAGAGGGUCUCAGUGACGUCAUACUGUACCAUCAACCCGACGACAAGAAGAAAAACCGCGGUUUCUGCUUCCUGGAGUACGAAGAUCACAAAACGGCCGCUCAGGCUCGCCGUCGGUUAAUGAGCGGAAAGGUGAAGGUUUGGGGGAACGUGGUGACGGUGGAGUGGGCCGACCCCAUCGAAAACCCCGACCCAGAGGUCAUGGCAAAGGUGAAGGUUUUAUUCGUGAGGAAUCUUUCUGCCGGAGUCACAGAGGAGCUGCUGGAGACGUCCUUCAGUGAGUUUGGGAAACUGGAGCGAGUGAAGAAGCUCAAAGACUACGCCUUCAUCCACUUUGAGGAGAGGGACGGGGCCGUGAAGGCGCUGGAGGAGAUGAACGGGAAGGAGAUGGAGGGCGAGCGGAUCGAGAUUGUUUUCGCAAAACCUCCGGAUCAGAAGAGGAAGGAGCGCAAAGCCCAGAGGCAAGCAGCCAAAACCGUCAUGUACGACGAUUAUUACUACUACCCUCCCCCGUCCCACAUGCCUCCCCCGGGCCGAGGUCGGGGUCGAGGAGGGAACCGUGGCGGCGGUGGCUAUUCUAACUACCCGCCCGACUACUACGGCGGCUAUGAUGACUACUACGACUACUACGGCUACGACUACCACAACUACCGCGGCGGCUACGAGGACCCGUACUACGGCGGUGGCGGCGGCUACGAGGACUUCCAGGCGCCCAAUCGUGGACGAGGGGGCGGCGGCAGCAGGGGCCCCAGAGGAGGAGGCUCUUCUCCGGGCAGAGGAAGAGGCGUCGGGCCCCCUAGAGGACGAGGAGGUGGAGGGGGAGGAGGUGGAGGAGGAGGAGGAGGAUUCUCCCCGAGAGGAAUGGGACGCGGAGGACGAGGAACACGAGGAGGAGGAGGUCUGCAGCCGAGAGGGCGAGGAGGGGUACGUGGUGCUCGGGGUGGCCGCGGUGGAAAUGUAGGAGGAAAACGUAAAGCUGAUGGGUACAACCAGCCCGAUUCCAAGCGGCGCCAAACCAAUAAUCAGAACUGGGGCUCUCAACCCAUUGCUCAGCAACCGCUCCAAGGCGGAGAUCAUUCUGCAGGAAAAAGAGGGGGAGGCUGGUCCUGAUGUGUCGCUAUGAAGAAGACCCAGUGUGAGGCUCUGCUACACACUUUCUGCUACACACUGCUGCCCCCCCCCCCCCCCCCCCCCGGAGGAAAUGGUAAGGUCAACGACUCAGCGCUCCAAACGUUAUCCAGCCUUUUUUUAAACGGGAGCCACGUCUCCUAAAAACUGCCAUGCUCCGAGAUAAUCAAGAACUUCCUUUUUAAGAAUCCCCAGAAAAUGAGUUGAUGUUGAAGCACUUUUUUUACAGUGUGGUGUGCUUUAUUUCAUGCCAUCGACUAGUUACGUUGAGGCACAGUUCACCCUGUAGUGCAGCUUAUUAAAUUCAGAUUGUUUAGAUGUGGUUUCCUCACUGAAAUGUCUUCCCUCUCUCCAACAUAAAGGAACUACAUGGCUCUCAACCUUUGAAAAACCUCCACAGUUGUGUCUCUUUUCAGUCAUUCAGAGCCACUUUCUUAAGGUCAUACACAGGCCGUGUUGUGAGCACUUUUAGUGAGUAGAUGCACGCUUCGGUAGAUAUAAAAUAAUCCGUGCCAAAAUAUUUUAAACACGCUUCCUCCAGUUCAUUAACGAGAAAAAAACUAACAAAUUACUCAGAAAAAGCUCAAAGAAUAUCUAACAUUUAAAUGAGAACAAAUAUUAUAAUACGGAAAAUCUCUGUAUAUUCUCUGAGAUGAAAGUGGUUAUAUUUGAACAUUUACGAGAAGACAAUGUUCGUAUUCAUUGAGAUUAACGUGGUCAAUUUAUUGUAAAUAAAUCACAAAUUUAAGAGAAAAAAAAUCAUAUUUUCUCAGAGAUUUAAUUAUAGAUUACUAGAAAAAACUCUAGCGGGAAAUAAUGUGAAAAAAAACAAUUAAUGAUAUAACAUGCUUCAGAAAAGAUGUGCAAACAUUUAAUUAUA